AUGUUCCGCCGUCAUCAUCGCCCAACCACUACUACUACCCGCGAAAGCAAACCCUCCCUCAUGACCCGUCUAAAGGGCCCUAAUGCCCGUACUAAGACGGUUAAGACCAAGACCACUACUACCCGUCACGGCCCUGCUACAACUACCCGUCACGGCCCUGCUACAACUACCCGGCAUGCUCCAGCCACCCACCGCACAACUAAGCGUCGCUGGGGUAGGACCCAGCCGCAACACCACCACAAGCGCAAGGUGACCAUGGGCGAUAAGGUUUCUGGAGCUAUGAUGAAGCUGAAGGGAACCUUGACUGGCCGACCCGGUGUCAAGGCCGCUGGUACUCGCCGCAUGCACGGAACUGAUGGUCGUGGAAGCCAUCACCAUGUAUAUUAG